AUGCUGUCCAUACUCGCAACGGCACUGCUCGCGUCCGCCACCCUGGCCGCCCCGGCUCCGGACGUGGACAGUCCCCGCGCCGCCACACCCACGACCCUCACGGCCGGCCAGCUCUGGAUCCGCGCCGUUGAGGCCCCCAACUUCCACAAGUAUCUCCAGACCAAGCCCGCCAACGUCGCCGGCGUCGCCAUCCUCGACAGCUACACGACGGCCGGGCAGUUCAACAUUGUCGACGGCCAGCUCGUCAACUCCCUCGGCAGCGACGGCCCGCUGUACAUGCACGUCCAAGAGCCCGCCGACCCGGCCAACCCGCCACGGACGCUGGCGACGUCCUUCAACACCACGAAAAGCACGUUUGGGACCUUUGCCUUCCAGGGCGACACGGUGACGUGGACGGCCCCGACGGUCAAGCGCCAGAACCUGGCCGCGUGGCUCGUGUGCGCGAGGCAGCAGCUGUUUGUCAAUACGGGCGCAUAUGCGUACCAGACGCCUGCCGGCUGUGCAGACGAGACGAUCCACUUUUACAACGCGGCGACGGCCAACAGCUAG